AACAGAAACUUAUGCUUUAUGUGCCUUAGACACAAAUAACACAAGUGGUGCAGAAAACAAGAUGAGUGAAAUCGAGCCAUUACUACAAAAUGAUUACACCGGAGAGUCAUUCCACUUAAAUUUCUUAAACCAGCCCAAUGACAUAAGGAUUAUUCUGGUGGGGAAGACUGGAGCAGGCAAGAGUGCGACAGGAAACACAAUUCUGAGACAAGAGAAAAAAUUUAAGUCUAAGCUCUCACCUGUGGAGGUUACAACAGAAUGCAGCAGUGGUUUUGUGCAGGACGGAGGGAGGAGAGUCUAUGUGGUUGACACACCAGGGUUUUGUGGAUCGCUGACUAAAGAAGACAUGAAGACACAUUUGGAGCAGUGUGUUGAGCUGUCUGUUCCUGGUCCUCACGUGUUCCUGCUGGUCAUCAGGCUGGAUGUGAGAUACACAGCGGAGGAGAUGAACACCGUGGAACAGAUUCAGCAAAACUUUGGAGAACAUGCCGUGCACUACACCAUCAUCCUGUUCACCAGAGCAGAUCAACUGAGAGGAGCAUCUUUGCAGCAGUAUAUAUCAGAAAGCCAGGAUCUGAGGAAACUGACAGACAACUGUGGUGGACGAUAUCACACAUUUAACAAUAACGACACAAACAACCGCUCUCAAGUCACAGAGCUGCUGGAGAUGAUUGACAAAAUGAUCCAGGAAAAUGGAGGAAGACAUUACACCAACAACAUGUUUGAAGACGCUCAAGAAAAGAUUAAGAGAAAAGAGAAGAUGAAAAAGAUAAAAGAUGUGGCAUUAGGGGUUGGAUCUGCUGUAGGAACAGGAACAGCAGUAGCAGGAGGUGUCGUCCUGGGAGUAACAGAAGCUGUGGUUUUACCUGCUGUUUUAAUCACAGCUGGAGCUGUAGUGGGUGUGGGAAUGGGUGUGAAACUGGUUGUGGACAAAGUCAAGGAAAAAGAAAAGAAGAACAAUUAGCCUAAAAACAGCAAAACUCUUUUCAACACAUACAUGCUCAGAUUUGUCUUACUUCAUCUGUUUAAAUGUACACAUGUCCUCAACAUAAAUGUGAAAUGAAAAAGAUCUUUUCCAGCUAUUGUUUUCAGCUUCUUUUAAUUUUUAUAAUCACUUAAAGAAAUUACUUUGCUUACUUUGUUUUUGUAGUUGAUGACUCUAGAAAGAUUCUAGUAUGUCUAAAAAAAAGAUUAAAUAUAUGAAAUUUAACCAAAAGACGAAAUUGAUUAUUAAAUAAUUUUGAUUAAACAUGCAUGUGAUCAGUGUGAAAGUGUGUGGAUGCUGAUGUUUUUCUGCUAAAAUAAAACAAUACAUUUCUGAAUUACA